AUGGCCUCCGGCGGCAACCCCAACCCGACCGGCGCCCCCACCCAGCCGCGCCCACCGCAUCCGCAGCAGCAGCCUCAACCGGGCGGCUCACCGGCAACGCCCAUGACCCACCUCCGCCCUCCCUCCCUCGCCGGCUCCCCCUUCCAGGGCCUCUUCCACACACCGCCCACCCACAACCCCGCCUUCCAGAUCCACAUGGGCGCUUCGUCCUCGCCCCAGACUCCGCUCAUGGCCGCCACCGCAGGCUCGGCCAAGCGGCCCCCGCAGAAGCCCCCCGUCCGGCCCCCUGGCCCCGGCUCUACCUCGUCGGCCGCGGCAGCCUCGGCGGCUGCCGCGUACAAGGCUGCGGCCGCGGCGGCGGCCGUGGCCAACUCCGGGGGCGUCGACCUCACCCCCGCCGCGCGGCGCAACAAGAAGCGCAAGCUCCCCGAGAAGCAGCUCCCUGACCGCGUCGCCGCGCUGCUCCCAGAAUCCGCGCUCUACACGCAGCUGCUCGAGUUCGAGGCCCGCGUGGACGCCGCGCUUGCGCGGAAGAAGGUAGACAUCCAGGAGGCGCUCAAGAUGCCGCCCUCGCUCCAGCGCACACUCCGCAUCUACGUCUUCAACACCUUUGCCAACCAGGGGCCGCGCACCAUCCCACCACCCAAGAAUGCCGAUCCGCCAACCUGGUCGCUCAAGAUCAUUGGUCGCGUGCUGGAGGAUGGCGCCGAGCUGGAUCCUGCCAGUGUUGUGCCCAAGCACAACCCAGUGUACCCCAAGUUCUCCCAAUUCUUCAAGAGGGUGACGAUAGCGCUGGACCCGUCUCUGUACCCAGAGAAUCCGCUCAUCAUCUGGGAGAAUGCACGAACAGCUGCCCAGCAGGAAGGGUUUGAGGUAAAGAGGAAAGGGGAUAAGGAGUUUGUUGCAAACAUCCGGCUGGAGAUGAACUACAACCCUGAGAAGUUCAAGCUGUCACAGCCGCUUAUGGAGGUGCUUGGGGUGGAGGUGGACACUCGUGCACGAGUGAUUGCUGCCCUCUGGCAGUAUAUUAAGGCAAAGAAGCUUCAGAACCCAAAUGAUCCUUCCUUCUUCAUGUGUGACCCUCAAUUGAAGAAGGUGUUUGGGGAGGACAAGCUCAAGUUUGCAAUGCUGUCACAGAAGAUAUCUCAGCAUCUGUCUGCCCCACCACCCAUCAACUUGGAGCACAAGAUUAAGCUGUCAGGGAAUGGAGCGCAUAGCAGUGCUUGCUAUGAUGUGCUGGUGGAUGUUCCCUUCCCGCUGCAGAAAGAGAUGAUGGCGUUCCUUGCCAACACAGAGAGCACAAGGACAUUGAGGCCUGCAACGAGGAGGAGGGCAUUCUUCCUGGGUUUCAGCCAGUCCCCAGUGGAGUUCAUCAAUGCACUGAUAGCUUCCCAGAGCAAAGAUUUAAAGUUGGUCGCCGGCGAGGCGAAUAGGAACAUUGAGAAGGAAAGACGUGCUGACUUCUAUAACCAACCAUGGGUUGAAGACGCCGUUAUAAGAUACUUGAACCGCAAACCGGCUAAUGAGGGCCCAGGUGGUGGCGCUGGUGGUUCUUGA